GGGCCAUCCCCGAGGCGGGCUUGAGGCCUCGCGAUAGAAGGGCUUUUUCCUUUCCCUGAAAUCUCGCGAGAGGAGCGCUCUUUCCCUUUUAUCUUCUUGGAGCCGCCAAGAUGCCUUCAAGACUGAGGAAGACCAGGAAACUGCGAGGUCACGUCAGCCACGGCCAUGGUCGUAUUGGUAAGCAUAGAAAGCAUCCUGGAGGACGUGGUAAUGCUGGAGGCCUGCACCACCACAGAAUAAACUUUGAUAAAUACCAUCCUGGUUAUUUUGGAAAGGUUGGUAUGAGACAUUACCACUUGAAGAAAAACCAGCACUUCUGUCCCACAGUCAACCUGGAUAAACUGUGGACACUUGUUAGUGAGCAGACAAGGCUCAAGUAUGCCAAAAAUCCGGCCGGAUUAUCACCUGUAAUUGAUGUUGUGCGCUCAGGUUAUUAUAAAGUCCUGGGCAAGGGGAAACUGCCCAAACAGCCUGUAAUUGUGAAAGCGAAGUUCUUCAGCAGAAAAGCAGAAGAAAAAAUAAAAGCAGUUGGUGGAGCUUGUGUGCUAGUAGCAUAAGGACUUCUCUAUGUGCUCAGAUUAAAAUAAACAUCAUUUCUGCUA